AGAAGUAAAAUAGUUUUUGUUCAUAAUGGAUUAGACGAUGAAUGUUCUAUUAGAAUAAUUUUCGCAUUCGUUGUAUUCAUAUGAAAAAGCGACGAUCGGUAAGAAAUAAAGUUAGUCGCGAACCGCACCCGCUUUCUGCGCACAAUCGAUAGUGCAUUUCGUUUCUGUCAAAUGGAUAAUGGCAGCAACGAUGAUUGAUACGAUGGCACAAAGUAAUGGAUUUCAAUCGAAAAAGAAAGAAGAUCCAGAAAAUAAAGACAAUUUGUGGUCCUCUAUUCUAGCAGAAGUACAGAAUAGCGGGAAUAACAAACUGCCAUCGAACAAGAAUGUCCUUGUCUUAGGUGAUAACGAAAGUGGAAAAACAACUCUUAUCGCGAAAUUACAAGGAGUGGAAGAUCCAAAAAAGGGCUCGGGAUUAGAAUUUGCAUAUAUCGAUGUAAGAGAUGAUUAUAGAGAUGAUCAAACGAGAUUAUCUGUGUGGGUCUUGGAUGGUGAUCCAGGUCAUGCUAAUUUGCUAAGAUUUGCACUAAACGCUGAAAGGUUUCCACAUACGCUUGUUAUGUUAGUAGCCGCGAUGACCACACCGUGGGCGAUACUCGAUCAACUACAGGCAUGGGCCGCUUUGUUAGGCGAUCAUGUAGAUAAAUUAUCUAUAGAUAAUGACUCUAGGCAACGAUGUAGGCAACAAAACAUUAAAAAAUGGCAAGAAUAUACCGAACCUGGUGAUGAACUAGACCCAGGAAGUCCUUUGAGACGUACUAGUCGUAAUCUUGAUGAUGAAACAACUGAUAAUUUACCUUUACCAGAAGGUGUACUUACGACCAAUCUAGGCCUAGACAUUGUUGUGGUUAUAACUAAAACUGAUUAUAUGUCUACUCUUGAAAAGGAACACGAUUAUAAAGAUGAAGAUUUUGAUUUUAUGCAACAAUGGAUCAGGCGAUUCUGUUUGCAAUAUGGUGCAGGUCUUUUCUAUACAUCAGUAAAAGAAGAUAAAAAUUGUGAUCUAUUGUAUAAAUACCUUACACAUAGAAUUUAUUCAUUACCUUUCAGAACACCUGCUUUAGUGGUUGAAAAGGAUGCAGUUCUUAUUCCUGCUGGUUGGGAUAAUAUGAAAAAGAUCAGCAUCCUUCAUGAAAAUUUACAAUCGAUGAAACCGAAUGAUUAUUAUCGCGAUAUUAUUACACAACCUGCAACGAAUAGAAAGUGUGUAGCAAGAGAAGUAGAAGUUCAAGCGGAAGAUGAACAAGCAUUUUUAGCAAGACAGCAAGCUACAUCAUCAGGAUUGAAAGAUCCAACACGUUCACCUACAACACGGAACCAGGCAAGCCUCGGACCAGUUAUACAGGUUGCAUCACCGAACAAGAAAUUGGAUUCCAAAGGUACUGGUACUGCUGCCGCCGGAGAGGGUGUAUUAGCUAAUUUCUUCAACUCUCUUCUUUAUAAAAAGACUGCUACACCACCGGGUGUGCCAGGAUCACCAGGAAGUAUAGGUGCGAGUCCUGUUAAGCUUGAUAGUACACCUGUAGAUAAAGCAACAAUGUGCAAUGACGCGGCAGCGGAGUUAGAUCGUCUUACACAAACCAAGAAAAUGUCUCCACCGAAUUUAAAUUCAUCAUCUGAAUGUUAAAAGAAUAAAUAUAUAUUUUUUUUUUAUUUUUUUGCGAUCCAUCUACCGAAAAAAAAAUAUAGGAAUCUGCAAUAUAUUAAUUUUAUCAUAACUAAAAGGUCAAAGUGUACACGAAUAAUGCUUAACUUAUCGUCUGUCGGAUAGGGUACUUGAAACAUCUUCACGUCUUGCCAACAAUGAAGAUACUGAAGUAUUUUGUAUUAAGUACCUAACUCUGUGUAUAUGUAUAUACCGUGACAUUCGGUACUAUUUUAUUUAUUUCUUCUAUUUAUGUUUAAGAUUGCAUCUAUUGCAUAAUAAUCGACGAGACCUAUUUGACUUUUAAUUAUUUCAUACUUUUAGGAAGAUUAGAUUAAAAUUUCUAAUUAGGCAGCUUGAAGAUAUAUUCUUACAAUUUAAUCAUGUAUAUCAAGAUGAAUAAUUAUGAUUAAAAUAAUAUAGUUGCCUUCUAUUUCAUAUAAUGAACAGGUAGCACAAAGUGCUACGUUUUAGCUUAAGCGUAGUUGGUUUUUAUCAUUCUAAAGCUUAUGAUAAAAAGAAAAUUAUUAACAACCUUGCCGUAAAAAAAUAUAUUGGUCAUCCUUCGUAAUUAAUAUAUUGUAAUAUGCAAAUAUUACUAUGCAUCGAUUACAUCGUGUCUUAUAUUUUUUUUUUUUUUCUAAGUUAUUUCUAUUAAUAAUACUAACGCAAAAUUUCAAUGUAGGAUGGGUCGCAAAAUAUAAUAAUGAAAAACAGCAAUCGAUAGUUAUGCUGGAUAGUUAUCGAUUGAAGAAAAAUUCUCGAAGUUGUGUAACAUUAAAGCAGCCUUAAUUGUUUCAUGCUAUCAAAUAUGAAGAAUAAUUCGAAACACGUGAAAGGGAGAUGAUCUUGAGGUAAAUAAUAUAAGAAAAUAUUUAAUAUAAUAGCAAAUUUUGUGAAUUACGUUUACGCACAUGCCCUACAAUGUUUCUUCUUUUUAGUAAAUUAUUUAGUAAUUCAUUUAGAUGAACAAGUCGAUUUUUUUCUUUUUACUGCCAACUGGAUGCAUAUUAUUUUUUCCUGAUAAAAACAGGCAUCUGUUUGAAUCUCUCUAAGAGAGGCAUCUUUAAUGAAUCUCUCUAAUAUCAUGCAUAAUAUAUAUAUAAAUAAAUAAAUAAAUAUAUAUAUAUAUAUACUGCGAAUUUGUAAUACUGUUUUUUUGACAAUAGUUCUUCUCUCUGUGUUCGGUCUAAUUUAUUAAGUGCCGUUAUUAUCGUAGAUGGAUUAAACCGAUACAUAGAAGGAUUUUAUACAAGUUGUCAUUUUGUAGUAUUUCACAGAGAUCAAAAGAUCGUAUGUGCUCAAAGAUGCUACGUGACAGACUGGAAAACAUGUUUUUUGGAGGAGCAUAUUAAUGCGAUAUACAUAUUAAUACUUUCUUUGUCGCGCGUCCUUUAGAGACUAUUUAUCUAAUAACAAAUUUUGUACAUUCAGUUGACGUAACUAAUGGCUUCAUCUAUGUAAAAUCAUUCUCCUACCCUUGAUGAAAAUAAAUAAUUUUUCAUAAUA